GGAGUGAAGUUCAUUUAUAGCAAGCUUCAUCAGUAGAAGAAGACUGGAAGUGAAGGAGGAUUGAUCGGUUGAUUUAUCGGCAUGUGCAGCAUCGUUUGUUUCAUUUUUUGUUGUGAGGUGUGCAUCAAGGAAACAUGAAUAUCACCGGAAGGAAGUACUUCCUUAUCAUCUUUAUGAUCCUGCAAUAUCAAUGGAUUAUCACAACAUCCGAAUAUGUUGAAGGAAGCACUUCCAGCCCAUAUCAUGAACCAAGGAAAGAAGUUUUAACAGACUCAUCACUGAUGCCAUCUCAUCAAACAAUCAUUUAUCCUUCUUCAGAUGAUAUUCAUUUUUUCUCUGAUGACUUACAAACGCCUCAUCUGCCGAGUACUUCCCUCACUUCUUUACAAAGUUUUAAAAAUUUACAUAUUAUGGAAACUAAUAGUCAGGAAGAAGUAAUUUCCACAAAAAUGAUUCCUUCAUCUUAUUUAUAUCCAUAUCAAUCAUCAAUCACUCAAAAUCAAUCAUCAAUUUUACUAGAAGAUUCAUCUAAUUUAUUUAAAGAUUUCAUUAAAAAAGAGUAUUUUGAACUCAAUAUUGAAAACGCUACACCAAAUAUAGUUAAUGAAAAUAGUAUUUUCAAUAUCAAUUCAUCUGAAGCAACGGAAUCUUUUUUCGAAUAUAGUUACCCACCUCACGCUGAAAGCCUUAUUCUUACUAUUCCGACAUCGUUUUUUCAAGUUUUAAAUGAAACAGUAAAUUAUAAAUCAUUUAUCACACCGAUUUAUGUUUUGAGUUCGAAUGUCUUAUCGGCAAUAAAUUAUACUUCUAAAACAGAUUCUUUUACUUACAUUGAAAAUUUAACAUCUGGCAACAUUGUAGCUUCAUCUUACAUAAUUUUAAGUGAAACUCUGAAACCAACAAUGGAUAAGUCUCAAAUGCCUACAAUAGAUCCUGCUAAAACAGAAACUAACUUAGAAAUUGAUAAGAUACUUGAAAGAAGUGAUAAUUUUGACGAAAGUUUAAAUAUUCCUCAUGAAAUUAUUGAUAAUUCAAAAAAGAACAAAUCUUCUAGGAAUGAAGAUCCUCAAUUCGGAGAUAUAUUAAGUGGUAUAAUUCAUUUACUUGCUGGAAAUGUACAGCUUUCUCGACCGAAUAAUUUCCCAACAAACCAAAAGUUUCUUCCACCAACUCGUAUCAACAACAGAGGACCGUUAAGUUCUAGUAGCCGAACAGUUGUUGUAUUUUCACAACCUAAAAAUCCAAUUCCCACAAAGCCUAUUCGACCCUCAACAACUUACGGAUCAAAACCAACUCGCCUUAUAAAUAAGCAAAGUCAAUCUUUAAGAAAUGAACCAGCGAAAAUUCGGGAAAAACUACCAUCAAAUGUUCCAUCAAUUCAUAUUCAUCAAUCCAGUGGAAAUAAUGUACAACUUGCUCCGCAACAUUUUGCGGGGGAAAUUUUUACGCACAAUGAAGCACCCUCAGUUCCUAAGAGACCAGAUAAUAUAGGGAAGACACAAGAUACCGGAGUUGAAAAAACAUAUUUCAUAUUUUCGGACGGUUCUUCCGUUAUUGUAUCUCCCUCUAAGCCUCAACCAAUUAAAAUGACAAGUAUUAAACCAAAUAAUACAUUUGAAGUACUUCUUGAUGCAAGUUUAAACAACAAUCAAAAAUUACGCAGCAAAGUUCCUUCUGUUAAACUGAAAGAUUCUAACCUAUCUCAUUCAUCAACAAUGCAUGUUCCAUUUGGUCCUAUUACUGAUUGGGUCCCUGUUUUUGAAAGGCCUACAGUCAAAUCUAAAUUUAACGAUGAGAUAUCAAUUAUCACUAAACCAAUAAUUUUUGAUAUAACCGUAGGUAACUCUUUAAAUAAGAUGCCUUUUCCUACAAAAAUAUCAGACGUUGAAAGAGCCAAUUCUCCUUCAACAAUCCCUUUAAAUAAAAUACCUUUUCCGACAAAAAUAUCAGACGUUGAAAGAGCCAAUCCUCCUUCAACAAUCUCUUUAAAUAAGAUACCUUUUCCGACAAAAAUAUCAGACGUUGAAAGAGCCAAUCCUCCUUCAACAAGUACACAAUUACCUCAAUCAAAACUUUUUUCCUCCUCUCAAUCUACUAAUAAACAAAAUACACUAGAAAAAAUUGUUUCAAUUUCACAACCCAAAGAAAUCUAUUCAUCCAGUAUAAUUACACCAGCUGAAAGUAACUUAAUUUUACCAGAAACUUUUGCCUUCAAAACAACUCCAAGUUUGCCAAAUGUAAUUGUUGACGAAAGCUUGUUUUCCAAUCAUUUAAGCAAAGCAAAAACUGAAAUUUCAUCCAAUAUUAAAAGAUCUUUUGCUAAAUAUGAAUAUGAAAAAGAGUCUAGUAUCCAAUUAACAGCAACAUCACCAAAGACUGCUUCUGGAACAUUUCUCGGUCGUCCAAUAGUAAUUCCCGUGGAUAUUGAAGAAGUUCGUCCGUAUGUCGGGGCAGUGAAUCCAAUUAAUCACCCAAAUUAUCCUCCAAAUUUGUUACCACCCAUUCAAGUUACUCGAGCUGGAGUAGCUGAAAAUGACAGAAGUACUACCGCCUUAUCAACAACACAAUUCAAAACAACUCGUACACCUAUAAUUCGCAGUCCUCCAUGGCUAAGACCAAAUACAAUUCGAAUUGACACUUGCAUUGUUGGAGAUGAUUCAACUUGUGAUGUAAAAGUGAAUGAAACAUGUAAAACAGAACAUGGAAUAAGUUCUUGUCAUUGUAGAGCAGGUUAUGCUAGAUCCUACCCACGAGGACCAUGCAUUCCCAUAGUAGCAGUUCGAAUUUCAUUGAAAAUUGAUGGAUUUGGCACUCGAAAAAUUUCUUUUUCCCCGAAAUACCAAGAUAAAAAUUCUGAAGACUACAGAAUUAUGGAGUUUGAAGUGAAACAAGCGCUUACCACUCUCUUUGGAAAAACUGCCUUUUCUCGACAAUUUUACGGAAUGACAGUGAACAUGUUUUAUCCAAUCGGUGGAAAGCUUAUUGCUAACAGUACAAUUUUCUUGGAAGAAAAAGAAUCUACUAGAGCCCAGUCUGUUAGAAUCCGAUUAAGACAAGAAAUUGGCGAAGCAAUAAAAAGAAAAAAUCAAAAUAUUGGUGACAGCAGACUCUUUGUUGAAGGUCCAAUGAGUCCCAUUACUGCCAUAGAAGAUGUUAAUGAGUGCUCUGAUUUCAAUUUAAACGACUGCUCAGAUGAUGGUACUUGUUAUAAUAUUUUCGGAACAUUUCUAUGCAAAUGCAAACCAGGAUAUGUUGAUCCAUUUAUUCAUGAUGAACGACUUAGUGGAAGAAGAUGUUUAGCAUGUUCAUCUGAAUACUGUAAUUAUCAUGGCCAGUGUUAUGUCGAGCGAGAACAAAAAUUGUGCAAGUGCCAAGGUAAUUACAUUGGAAACCGGUGCGAAAUAGAUGGAGAAGUUCUCGGAGUUGCUUUGGGGGCAUCUUUAGCCGCGAUUAUUAUAAUUCUAUUGACUCUUGCUUGUCUUUGUAUUUGGAACCGAAAAUGGAAAAAAGAGCAGCAAAAGGCAGAAGUUCUUUCCGCCAGAUCUUACAACAGCACUCAAACUUUUACCUAUUUAAGCAACAUGCUGAACGCCAGUCCGAAUGUCUAUAAUCUAUCUAUGGAAGAUCGUAUGAGAUGGGCUCACAUAUCAGAUGUUGUCAAAAGCACAUCGGGAAAUCCGGAAUUACCUUACAAUGCAACAAGUUCUCAUUACGAUCAAUAUAAUUUUCCUACACUACGUUAUCCACAUCCAAACGAAGAAGAGAACAGAACAAGACCUCGCUCAAAAAUGCUGGCUCAUCCAACAAACUAUUAUGAAAUGGAGCCACAAUCGAGGUAUCCAGGAUCAAAACGAUGUGUGAUGUCACGUUACUAACAAUCAUCAGGAGAAAAUUGUGAAAGUUGUUUUUGUGUGAAAUGGCUGUAACUUACCUAGGAAACUAUUUCUUGCUUUAUGAUGAUGAACUUACAUAACAAGAAUGUUACCAAUCUUGAGAUGAGAAAAGCUUUAGAAUUUAAAAAAAAGAGAUUUCACACAUAACUAUCUAAAGCAUCGUCAUAUAUGUCCAAAUAUUACAUUAAGCCUUAGUAGUCACGAUUGUUUUAUAAAAAAAGAAAUCUGAAAAAUUGAUUUGAUCACCAAUUUUUAUCUUUUCUGGGUAAGUUACAGUACUGCUUAUAAUUUAAUUUGAAAGCCAUAAAUCGAAAUAUUUAUU